AUGAAGCUCCUUCUUUCGGUUCUUGUUCUGGCUGGAGUUGCCAAUGCGGUUAGAAACGGAAUUGACUUUAUUCAACCAGUGUCUGUAGCCACAUUCCAAUGUGUUAAGAAUGCUGGAUAUUCCUUUGUUAUUCCAAGAGUUUUCACUUCUCUCGGAAAGGUGGACAGCACUGGAGUCAACAAUGUUAAGAAUGCUAGAGCUGCUGGUCUCACUGACGUCGAUGGAUACGUCUUCCCAUGUCCCUCAACCAGUUGCCCAUCAGCUGGAAACCAAGUGAAAGCUGCUCUCGACGCGCUCAAGGCUGCUGGAACCCACGUCUCCACCCUCUGGCUUGAUAUUGAACGUCUCGCUUGGCCAGCUAACCAUGCAAGCAACCGGGCCUUCAUUGAGGCUAUGGUUGCUGAAGCCAAGGCUUAUGGACAACAAGUUGGAAUCUACAGUAACUACUACAACUGGCAAGAUAUUGUUGGAUUGGACUACCACGGACAGUUGAGUUUGAUGCUCUGGUGGGCUGCUUAUGAUGGAGUUAAGGACUUCUCAAAGUUCGCUGCUUUCGGAGGAUGGACUCGUCCAACUAUUCAUCAAUGGCAAGGAACCACUGCCGGUCCAUGUGGAGUCAGUGUUGAUAUGAACUACGUUCCGUAG